CGUAAGGACGGUCGACUUCGGCGGGGCCCAGGUGAGAAAGGCCCACCUGUGUCCUGUUUGAAGGUCUUCAGGGUUCUUUGGGGCCCGAGGUGAAGCGACUUCCAGUCAUUUGGAAAGGAUGGGAUGAAAAGGAACCUUGGUGAUAAUUUUGAUGUCUGCAAGAUUUAGUACCAGUGUAAUGGGAUUAUCGGUAACACCUUCACUGCAGAAAAAGCCACCUGGUGCUAUAACUGGCAGCAACUGAGAACUAAUCCUUUCCCAUCUCUUGGAUGUCAUUCAUGAAGCUCAAAGCUAUUUCUACCCUGCUAACUGUGAUUAAUUUUAUAAACAACAACAACAACAAAAAAUCAGGGGUCAUUCUUAUUUGAUUAGAGAUGGUUAUUUUCUUUGGAAAGUCUCGAAUAAACUCAUCUGAAGUAAAUUCAACAUAAAACAUAAGAUCUUCUCAAUGGCCAAUGGUGGCAGAGUCUACAUAGAACUAUGCUUCGUGGUGUUCUGGGGAAAACCUUUCGACUUGUUGGCUAUACUAUUCAGUAUGGCUGUAUAGCUCAUUGUGCUUUUGAAUACGUUGGUGGUGUUGUCAUGUGUUCUGGACCAUCAAUGGAGCCUACAAUUCAAAAUUCAGAUAUUGUCUUUGCAGAAAAUCUUAGUCGACAUUUUUAUGGUAUCCAAAGAGGUGACAUUGUGAUUGCAAAAAGCCCAAGUGAUCCAAAAUCAAAUAUUUGUAAAAGAGUAAUUGGUUUGGAAGGAGACAAAAUCCUCACCACUAGUCCAUCAGAUUUCUUUAAAAGCCAUAGUUAUGUGCCAAUGGGUCAUGUUUGGUUAGAAGGUGAUAAUCUACAGAAUUCUACAGAUUCCAGAUACUAUGGACCUAUUCCAUAUGGACUAAUAAGAGGACGAAUCUUCUUUAAGAUUUGGCCUCUGAGUGAUUUUGGAUUUUUACGUGCCAGCCCUAAUGGCCACAGAUUUUCUGAUGAUUAGUAAUCAUUUAUUCUUUUGACUUGAUUAUUGUCUCCUUUUCAUGUGAAUUUAUUACUCCCGUUGAAACCAUGUACUAAUAAACUAUUUGCUAUUCA